AUGAAGAGAUUUAUAGUAGUUCUGAUUUCCCUUCUAAUCAUUGCAGUUCUCGGAGGUUUAGUAGUAGGAAUUUUCUUUUUAAUAACUUCAUCUUCGGAAGAGAUAUCGGGAAAAGGUGCUGUAGCAACCGGUACUGAAGAAUGUACAAAAGUUGCUGUUGAGAUAUUGCAAAACGGUGGAUCUGCUGUUGAUAGUGCAAUAACAGCUACAUUAUGUCAAGGUGUCACUGUGCCACAAAGCAGUGGAUUAGGAGGUGGAUUCAUCGCCCAAGUUUAUAUUAAGGAAACUGGCGUUAUUGAAACAUUAAAUUCAAGGGAAGUUGCACCUUUAGCUGCAACUAAAGACAUGUACAGUGAUGGAGGGUCAAGUAGAGAAGGUGGACUUGCGAUUGCUGUGCCAGGUGAACUUAAAGGACUUUUUGAACUUCACAAGAAAUAUGGAAAAUUACCGUGGAAAGAAGUCGUUGAACCAGUGAUUAAAGUGGCGGAAAGUGGUUAUAAAGUAGCUAAUUAUAUGUCGUCAAUUUUUGAGGAUCGUGGCGAUAAGAUUAAGAAUUAUCCGGGUUUGAAAGAAGUUUUCGUCGAUCCUUUAACUGGAGAAUUGUACAAAGAAGGCGAAUUGAUUAAAAAUCCAAAGCUUGCAAACACCCUCAAAGUAAUCGCUGAAGAAGGUGCUGACGCAAUCUAUGGAAAUGGUUCGUUGGCUCAAAACAUUGUGAAAGAAAUUCAAGACGAAGGUGGAAUCAUCACAAUGGAAGAUUUGUUAACGUUUGAACCAAAAUGGGGAAAACCAGUGAUCAGUAAACUAUUCAAUGAAGACACAAUUUACUCAUUUCCACUUCCUGGAUCGGGUUCUAUUGUCGCAUUUAUUCUUAAUGUCCUCCAAGGAUUCAAUUUUCAAGACAACACUCUCGAGUAUCACAACGAGAAUAAACUUUUCUACCAUCGCUUGGUUGAAGCUUUGAAAUUCGCAUUUGGCAAGCGGACAAAACUUGGUGAUGAAAUGUCAGCAGAAGUUCUCUCGACAUUAGAUGAAUUGCAGAGCAUUGAACAUGCUGAAUACAUUCGCAGUCUUAUAGACGACGAGAAAACUUUCAACGAUUAUGAACAUUACGGAGCGAAUUAUUCAGUUAUUGAAGAUCAUGGAACUUCGCACAUAUCCAUUCUAGCACCUAAUGGAGAUGCUGUGGCAAUAACGACAACAAUAAAUUCAAUUUUUGGUUCUUAUGUUGUGUCUGAGAGUACUGGAAUGAUUUAUAACAAUGAGAUGAACGACUUCUCCAUACCAACUGCAGUUUCUGACGGUUUACUUCCAGCACCAGGAAAUUACAUUGCACCAAAGAAAAGUCCAAUGUCAUCAAUGUCUCCGACUAUCAUUGUGAAUGAUAAUAAAGAAGUGACAAUGGUUGUUGGAGGGGCUGGCGGAAUUCUUAUAAUGCCUUCUGUGACACAGUUUAUAAUUUAUAAUUUGUAUUUACAACAGUCAGCGCAGCAGGCAAUUGAACUAGAGCGACUACAUCAUCAACUUCAACCAAUGCGCAUUCAGUAUGAAGAGGCAUUAGACUCGGAAAUAGUUAAAUUUUUAGAGUCUAAAGGACAUGUAAUGUAUCCACAAUCUCCAACUAUUACUGGUUUUGCAGCCAUAGUUGCAAUCACAAGAAGAAAUGGAAAACUCGAUGCUGCUGUUGAUCCACGUCGUGGUGGACAUUUUGAAAUAUUUUAA